GCUGUUGUGAUGGGACAGAGCUGCCUUGAUACCCUCUCAGGUCAGCCAGUGGCAAAGCUGCAUGCUCCGGCACCGGGGGCAGAGAGCAGGUGGGGGCAUGGCACGCGUCCCGGGCAAGUGGAACAUCGCCCGCGGGGGUGUGGCAUGUGUCCUUGGGGCGUGGCAUGCCACACGCAGGAGCAUGGUUCCAGGGGCAUGGCACGUCACCCGCAGGGGCAUGGCAUGAGUCCGGGGGCAUGACGCCCGGCACGGUGGGGGUUGCACAGCAUGUGUCCGGGGGGGGCAGCUGCAAUGGUACCCCCUUUCCCAAUGGUGCCAGGGGCAGUGCACCCCACCUGCCCCGCCCCCAUUCCUCCACCAGUGGGUUCACCUAGAUGGGGCUAUGGCCAGGUUGGGUGAUGGUGAGAUCGGGGCUGUGCAGAAACACCUGCAGUGCCACCCUAGUGCUUCUGCCAGUGUGUCCAUCAUGCAGCCCUGAUGCGUUAUUCAUUCAUUAUGGAACUUAUCAAAUGCCUAUUAAAAAACUAUCUGAUCAUUGCAUGGACUAUGCUGAAUCAUAUUAUUCUGAGACUCUUGUAAAAAAUGUGCUGACUACAUAAACCCAUGAGGAAUGUACCCUUCCUCCUUGAGUGAGGUUAUCGAGGCCGCUGACACCUAUCAGGAAUUAAUAGUACAAACAAAUUAGGCAAUGCACAAUAAAGCUAUCCAAUUGCAGCAGCAUCACAGGUGUUCAGGCGUUUGCCUCUCCUUUGUGAGGCAGGAAGUAUGAUUGGUGCUCGCUGGCUGUGCGUCCUUUGCUGCAUCAUAAUUGGUUCAACUCCACCUUAUCAGCACCAGGGUGAAGGUCUCUAAGCAGAAGGCGUGUUCUAUAGACAUAGGCCCCACCACACAUGAUUUGGAACGCUUACCGUGCAAAGUUCUAAAUGAUAUCAGGAAUGUCCUUGUGGAGACAUUCAUUAGCUUUUGGUUGGUUGUUGACAGGGAAGGAAAGAUUAUUAUAGUAGGAAUUCCCCUCUUUUGCAUAUAUUUGACUUCUGACUUAGAUUCUGAAAAGGCACCUACAGAAUAAUAAGAGAUUCCAACAUUUUGGGUUGCAGUCCACCACAUUCUACUCAGAGUAGAACCGUUGAAAUUAAUAUUACCAUUAAUUUCAGUGGAUUUAGUUUGAAUAGGUCUAAUGUUAGAUGCAACCCAUUGCGUUCCACUAUUGUAAACAAAGGUAGUAAAUGAGAUCUUCUCUUGCAGAAGCAGACACCAAAAACUUCUUUAUAUACCAUCUUGAAUUCUUUCUCUUUGCUGGUGACUUUUUGAGGCAAUUCCAGUCCAGAAAGUUCCAGACAUAUUCUCUCUCUCUCUCUCUCUCUCUCUCUCUCUCUCUCUGUGUGUGUGUGGAAUGUGUGAAGAAAAUAGUAAUCACUCUCUGAAGAAUGUGCCUUGAUCAAAGUUGCAGAAGAGAAAGCGUGUUCUCCAAUAAAUGAGAGCACGUGUUGUGGUGUGGGCCACCGGGCCAGGCCUCUUGUUGCCAGGCAGGUUAAUAGUUGUUGCCUGGCAUUGUGAUUGGAUAACCGGGUUGCUGGGGCAAAUUGUAUGUUGCAAAUUGGGUAGGUGGGACCAUAUUCUUUAAAUAUUGGUGCACUCUGGUUUCUCUUUCUUUUUGCAAAGUGCAUCGGAGCAGGAGCAAUCUUCUCAUUGUCUGGUUACAUUUCUUUAUUUUCCCCCUUCUAUUUAAUCCUCUCUAGUCCCUUAAUUAAUUUAAUUCCCCUUUUUUCCUGUUUGAUUUCUCACCCCACCCCUUUCCCUGCCCUGUGGGAAGAUUCUCCCUGUACCUGUGAGCGCUGCCUGUGCGUAAUCCUCCUGGGCUUGCCUUUCCCAAUAGGGAGAGAGCCCCCAUUAGGGGCUUUCUUUUGCAAAGAGGUUUUCCCCAUUUUUUGCCUGUUUAAUUGUGGGGCUAGUCAGGGCUGUUCCCAGCUUAGCUGGAAUCACUUCGUUUAUAGUAUCCCCAAAGGUGGCUUUAUUUUGGGUGCAUGCAGUGCUGUUGGCUGAGUUUUAAUUUAGCCUUGGGCGGGAGCACUAUAUUGAGUUCCUUUAAUAUUGCAAUGAGACAAUAAAAGGCAGAGAGCAGAAGCAGGGAGGCCUUCACGGCCUGCUCGGCCUGCACAUAUCAUUCAAGCCUAAGCCUGCUACAGUUAGCAGUACAGUAAUUGUUAAGUCUCUGUGGCAUGUGACUCACUUUCUCUAUAAGAAUUUAUCUGUUCGUUUGCAGGCUCACUUGUUGCUAAUGUAUAUCUUAGGCAGACAGAGUGGAGCCAGAGGCUCUCUGUGCCUCCAGUGAGCACUCUGUGUAUGCUCUUUAACUAUGCUGUUUCAGAACAAGUUUAUUUUCUUCAAGUUUGUUUUGCCCUGAUAGUGGCAAUUGCCAUUUUAGAGACGAGCCAUUGUGGCUUAGUGGCUAGAGCGCAGUACUAGGACCUGGGAGACAGGGUUCAUAUCCCCCACUUAGCCAUUGUUAUCACAAAACAAAACAAGCUGCUCCUUUUGGACUAUUCUGUUGCUGGGUAGUUCGGCCCACUUGUGAUAUUGCUCCCAAAAAGAACUUUGGGUUUUCUUGAGGAGGUGCUUCCCUCUAAAGGGCAAACAGGGGUACCUGGACAGGCGGUGGGCUGCCUCGAGUUUGUUAUCUCAUUGGAAACAUUUAUGUUUGGCCUAGCAGGUGAUCUUAGGGCUUGGCCCUAGAAUUUGAUGGCCUCUGGCAGCGUUUCCGGCCUAAAUAGCUUCUCCAUGUGGUGCACAAAGCAUUGGUUUCACCAGUUCCUCACAUUUAGUUUUGCAGACUAUGACAGGGCCUUUGCAGAUGCCUCCAGAGCUUGCCUCUCCUGCAGAGGUUGACUUGCUGAUGCCCUAGGUGCCUUCUUCCAGAAGGAAGCGUCUUCGGAGGCGGCGAUCCAGGAGCAGGGAAAAGGGGAGCAGGGAUGAUGCUUACACCUCCUUGCAGGUACGUCAAACCUGGGUCUUUAGGGAUCAUCCUGGAUAGCUCAGCUGGUCAGCGUAUGGUGCCGGUAAUACCUAGGUUGCAGUAUUGGUCCCUGUAUGGGACAGCUGCAUGUUCCCCCAUCACUCUACCCGGUCACUGAGGUCCAGCGCCGAGGGCCUUCUGGUGGUUCCCUCACUGUGAGAGGCCAAGUUACAGGGCACCAUGUGGAGGACCUUCUCGGUAGUGGCACCCGCCAUGUGGUACGCCCUCCCAUCAGAUGUCUACUACCAGACUUUUAGAAGACAUCUAAGGCAGCCCUGUUUAUGGAAGCCUUUAAUGUUUGCUGCAUUACUGUAUUUCAGUCUUUUGUUGGAAGCUGCCCAGAGUGGCUGGGGAACAAAUAGAUGAUGAUGAUGAUGAUGAUGAUGAUGAUGAUUAUAUUGUGGGAGAGUGGACCAGAUGAUCCUCAGGGUCCCUUCCACCCCACUAUUCUUUAAGUUGCAAUUCACUAUGGGAAUGUUAGAUGCAGGGCUGCCAUCAUCCCCUCAGCUUGCUAGGAUCGCAGGGACGGGGACAUGUGGACCACUUGUGCAGCUCCACAUUUCAAAUGGAAAUUCCCUGAGCUAUAGAACCUUAAGCUGGUAUGCAGGAAGCUGGCCCGGCAGCAGCUUUGUUGGGACUUUUUAGGGUUUCUGGCCGGCGUUGGCCCUGCAAAUUUACACAUCAUGGUGGCAACACAAGGCAGGGCAUUUUGCCCAAUGUGGGGGCUGGGGGCUAGCAAGCAAUAACUCAAUACCUCUCGCCCAUAUUUCCAUAAAAAUAUCUUCCUUGAAAGCCUGGCCAAAUGGUUAUCUAGAUAGGUCAGUGGUUUUGUGCUUGUGGGAAGGGUUUUCCCAAGGUUUGGGAUUCCUCUGGCUCUUCAGCCAGUGGCUCAGAAUACAGCAACUCAAAGCCAGUCAGAGAGCUACCUGUGGUAGCAAGUAAGAAGGUUAGGAAGCAGCUUUCAUUGGGACGUAUGGUGGUAUCCCCUUGAUUCUCCUGCUAUUCCUAUUUUCAUUUAUCCCCUUUGGGGAUCGUCCCUAAGAAAGCCCCAUAUAAUCCCCCAUAUAAUUUAUCGCAUCCCAAAGGCACCUCAGUGAAUGACUCUCUGGAAUUGUUCCGCAAAAUAUGCAUCUUUGGAUCAGGCAGUUGAGCUUACCAACAUAUUGGAAGAGGGCCUUGUUGGCAUUAUGCGAUAUUGAAUUGGCUGUUAGGCUGCUGCCGGUUCACCCUCAAGAUUAUAAGUAGUUGGGCUUAAUUGGAUGGUCCUUACACUUAUAAGGCGAUGCCAAUGGGUUGCGCUAUAGGCUGUGCAGCACUCGAGUCCUUUAGCGUCUUUCUGGAUUGAACAUUGCGAGUCAAGACUCGUUUAACUGGGGGUACCAUUAUUUGGAUUAUCUUACUAGCUGGUCCAUGUGACACCAGCCUCUGCUAAGGCUUACUGUACGCCCCUUUUAUUCCCUGAGGAGCUGGGUGUUUCCAGUGGAUAGGACAGUGGCUCCUACUGCCCCUUUUAACGUAUUUGGGGGCUAGCUGGAUACCAUUGCUCAUACCUCUGCUUGCCUGUGGAAAAGCUGUUUGCCAUGAAGGACGUUAUUCUUGUAAUACUUCCUCUGAUAGCAAAUGUUGCUUUGUCAGAUUCUAUCAUUGCUAGGUCAGUUAAAAAAAAAAUGGCAUGCAGGGUGGUUGUUCCAGGCUGCCCCUUCCAUUCCUGCUUGGCCAGGUGGGGUCUCAUGGCCCAGGGUCCCUUCAUCAUCCUGUACAGUGGCCUUGAGCCUGGCAGGGCAAGGCAAUCACAUGUGACCUAACUUUUCUUGAGUUUUCCCCAUUGUAAUGUCAGCGCACAUCUGGACUGAGGAGUACAGGGACCAUUGGGUCUGUCUUGGUCUGAUAACCAGGCAGUGUGAGGGUCCUGGCAAAAUGGUCCUCAUGCUUCGGCAGUCUCCGCCCCCUUUUAUGUGCUUUCCAGCUGCACUGCUUAAGAUUUAAUAUUGCGUUUCUGCUCGCUUUAUUACGGGAUCAUCUAAUGUUUUCGCUGUCACUCUAUCCCAUUUUCAGUUGGAGAGCUUCAGAUCCUGGCCUCUGGAUGCCCAGCUAUAGCCGGAUUUUCUGGAGCUCCUGUGGCGCUUUGGCAACAAUUGAUAAUUAAGAGGAGUAGUAGCUUACAUUUCCCCUUCUGCUUUCAGGCCUGGACUGAUUUCUUAGCAUUUAGCUGGCAGUCCUUGGCCAUUCAGAGGAACUUGCCUCCAUCCUCUGAGCAGGACCUGCAGUAAUUGGACUACCUGCUGCAGAUCGGAUGCACUGUUAAAACUAUCAGAAUUCAGUCCGCUGCAAUGUCUGCUAGAGUAAAGCUUUAAUUUUUCAGAGACCCUUCUAAAAGUGUGUUGUGCCAGGGUCUCGGAAGGUUGUAAAAGGCUCCAGCCUUCACAGGACUGCAGGCAGGAAGCCGGUCAAUCUUGACCUAUGCAGUAUCCGCAACAAGUUAAGACUUGUCUCCUGGUUCUAGAUCUAGACGAGACUUCUUUCAGUAUUCCAUUGUAAUUUUGGUGUACUGAGGGUUGGGGAAAUUGUGUUGGAGCCAGCACAGGGCUGAGAGUUUGGAGGCUUAUUGCCUCUGGAUUUUUCCUUAUCUGCUUUAGAGAUUGUCAUAAGUGUCUGGAGCUCUAAGUCAGACCUAGUGGGCUGGGUUGCCAUCAUCAGGCUUCCAGUCACAGGUAGGUGGGCCCUUGCCCUGUUAUUGGAUACCAGAAAUAUUUGGCUUUUCGUUCCCCUGGGGGCUGGCUCGAUCCUAGAAGUUGCUGGUUCUCGUGGGUUGCUCCUUCGGGAUAUAUGCGUUUCCCUUCUGGAGUUGAGACUUGUAGUGCGCAACUCCAAAACUGACCAGCUGGGUCGGGGGGAGGUUGUCCGCCUCCCAGCGACUGGGGAGGUGGGCCCGUGCCCGGUCAAGGAUGUAAGGAAGUACUUGGCCUUGAGACCUCCUGGGGACGGCCCCCUACUCAUGCAUGAAAAUGGUCACCCUUUGGCGCGACACCAGUUCACAAAAGUCAUGCGUAAGGCCAUCUCUGCUUGUGGGAUCUCGGCCUCUGGUUUCGCCCCUCAUUCCUUUCGCAUAGGUGCAGCGACUAUGGCGGCCCAUUGGGGCUUCUCAGCCGCCAGGAUCAAGGAUUUGGGGAGAUGGAAAUCGUAUGCUUUCAAGGGUUAAGUGCGAAACAAAAUGCUGAGUUUGGUACUAAUGCUUGUUUGUUUCAACCCUUGCAGAUCCCACGCUGGUCCGCGUCUGGAUAGUGGGACACAGCAUCGUUCAUUGGGGUGGCAGCAGAGCGAGGCAGUCUGCAGGGGAGCGUGUCUCGGCCUCCCACAGCACGUGCAAGUGUCAUGGUUUUCCAGACGUGGAAUGUCAUGGGGAGAGCUUAUGCCGCUGAUUGGUCGCCGGCUGCUCUCGGACCUGCCCACCCUAUGGCCAUAGUGGUGCAGCUAGGGAAAAAAUGAUGUGGCAACUAUUGAUUGCCUUGCUUUGCGCACCUCAGUCCAAAAGGGAUUUGGAGGCAUUGGCAGCCUUAUUACCUUCAGUGAGAAUAAUUUGGUCUCACCUGUUGCAGAGGCAAACCUGGCACGGUGUUUCCCGCCCAGAGGCCGCUGAAAGGGCCAGGAAGCGCAUUAACUCUGCUGUUUGCGUGAAGGUAUUGGAGCUGGGUGGUUUGGUGAUUUCGCACCCAGACAUUAAUUUUAAGGCUGAGGCCCUUUACCGGGCAGAUGGAGUGCACCUCUCCGAUUUGGGGAAUGAUGUUUGGCUGGAUGCGGUGGCUACUAAAUUGGGUUCAUGGUUGGGUUUGUGAGUGGUUGGCGGCGAGCGUUAGAGCUCUUGUGGCGGUUAGGCAUUGGUUAUAAUAUGCUGGUGGUGGAGGGGUCAGGAUAGGCUGUGCCUGCCCCUCCCAUUGCGCUGAAGGGAAUUCCGUUAAAGGAAUCCUGGGGCUUGCCAUGAUUUCUUCCAAUCCCUGUCAUGGGACCAGGGCCGCCCAAUCCCUGUCAUGGGAAUCCUUGUCAUAGGAUCUGGGCCGGCAAGCUUCGGGGAGCUGCUGGGGUGAGCGGCGUGGGUCCGACGCUUAGCUCAAAUGACCCCCAGUUUGACUUUCUCUUCUACUGGCUACCGAUCGGACCUCGGGAUGUCAGUUCUGUCCCAGGCGGGGGACAGAUAGUCAUAACCAAUGUCUAAACAACCACUCACUGAUUUUGUAUUUUAAUAAAGUUGUGGCCAAAAUAGUGCCCCAAAACCAAAACUAAAUUACGUGUUAUGUGUGAAGUUAUUUGAGGGGUGGCCUGGGGACCUACACACGCAAUGAGAAUUUAGUUGUUUGUGGGAUUAUUCAAUUAGGUAAAAACAGUGCUUUUUCUGGGGGGAUGCAGGGGUGCGCAUACCCCUAAACAUUUUGUGAAUCUUUGUACUUUUGUCCAUUUGCUGUAUUUAUUUCCCCCGAUUUGAACUAUAAAAUGGUGGUUUUCUUCAGUCAAAAUGAGAGUACCCCAAAAUAUUUUUUUUAGGGGGGAAAAAGCACUGCGUAAAAAAGGUAAAGGACAGUUAAGUCCAGUCAAAGGAGACUAUGGGGUUGCAGCGCUCAUCUCACUUUCAGACCAAGGGAGCCAGCAUUUGUCCACAGACAGCUUUCCGGGUCAUGUGACCAGCAUGACUAAACGGCUUCUGGCCCAAUGGGACACUGACGGAAACCAGAGCGCACAGAAACACAGUUUACUUUCCCUCCUCGUGCUUUCAAACUGCUAGGUUGGUAGGAGCUGGGACAGAGCAACAGGAGCUCACCCCAUUGUGGGGAUUUGAAUUGCUGACCUUCUGAUCAGCAAGCCCAAGAGGCUCAGUGGAUUAGACCACAGCACCACCCAUGUCCCUUUUUUCAUUCAGUUACAGAGCGGGAGGACAUGGAUUUUGAUAAGUGAUGGCAAAUCCAAGUGACCUUACUAUGCAGAACAAAGGUGUGGUAUGUCUGUGCUGGUGUGCUUGCUAGUAUAUAAGAAAGAAAAGUGUAGCAAGCAGGGUCCUGCAACCAAAUGCUGUAGUAUAACCUUGGUGUGUGGUAUCUGAACCAGUGACUGUAGGGCUGAGAGAGCUAAAGUUGGCUCCAAGGCCUCCUCUAACUUGGGUCUUCCUUCAUGUGCAAGAUUUUUUUUUAUUUUUACCAAAGUAAAAAUUUAAAUAUUUAUUUAACUGUUUUAUGUUUGGUCCUUAUCUUCUGUGCCAUUGAAUUGCUACAGUGUUUCGGCCGCUGUGCACAAUGAGGCUUUGCUAGCGCACCCAAAAUCAGAGUCAGGAGACAGAAUUGUGAAAUAGCUAACUUGUUCUUUGUUCAGACUUGGGUGGUAUGUUGGUGGUGAGAGAAUGGGAGAAAUCAAAUUGGUAUUGAUAUAAAUGAUAAGCUAAUCUUUCUUUUGCGUCAUGCUAAGGUUGUCGUCUUCUAUUUAAGCCUAGGCAUGCUUGAGCCAAUGCUUCACAAGUGAAAUUGGGUAACCAGAAGAAGACAUAACUACCCAGUUUGCAGUCCUUGUGGUAAGUCACAUAUGCCAUCCAUUUUGGAGCACCAGACCUGAGCACAUUCAGGUUGCAUCCACAUCAUCCAUCUAAAGCAUUGUGAUGCCCCUUUAAGCAGUCUUGGGUCCCCCAAAGACUCCUUAUUAAGCAUGCUGAGAGUUGUUGGGAAAACCCUAUUCCUAUACCAGAGCUCUAAUUGCCAAAUUGGUUGAGCAAUCCAGCCCUCUUCACAUGGGUUUCUGAGAAGUGUAGUUUUAUGGGCAGAUCAAAGAGAUGGGUUGGGUUGGUGUCGAUGGGCUGGUGGAGUUCUAGGAAAGUACCCAAGGAACAUACACAACACAGUUCUACAUGGGGGUGGAGGAUCCCGCAUAAACAGGAGGUGAAGUCCUAUAGUCUCUCUGUCUUGAUUUUUAACCCUUCCCUCCUUGUUUUGGCUUAUAAACAAGUCUGGGAUAAAACAAGCUUUUUCCUGAGAUGGGCAGGGAGCUUUCCAACACCCGCAAUAUGUGUUUGGCUCAUUCCCACACAAGCUCCCUGUGCCGCCCCGUGAAUUUCUAACAGAAUUCAGAGGGGAGGGGCAUUUGUGUUGAUGGAGCCCAGACCCCAGCAGGAAGUGGCAGACAUCUCGUUGUACUGAGAGAUUUGGUUUUUUUAAAAAAAUCAUACAUACUUCCUGUAAUGGUUCUAGGGGUUGCUCGUGCGUAAGCCGGUGCAAACACCUGGCUGGGUUGCCUGAGUGAACCUUUUCUGUCCGGACAGCCACUCACCCGUGGCUGUUUCAAUCGCUGGCAGAAUCCGUCAGUGGGCGUUUCUUAAGCUUCUUCCAGCAAAGAAGCUCUUUGACGCCUAGUCUCCUACUUUCUCUGCACGAAAGCCUUCUGCGCAAGGAGGGCGUAGGCAGCGGAGGAGCUCUACUCUCCCCGCUGGUCCCCGGCAAGGAGUCAUGGGACCGCCUCGCUGCUUCCCCCAUCUGCCCCCCUUCUCCACUGGUGCUACGCUGAUUCUCUUCCCCAGAAGAUGGGCUGCCUCUCCCAAUCCCGGGACGCUCUCCGGAAUCCCUCUGGAUUUUGCUCUCUCCCUCCAGCACUGAGGGCAGUCCCCUGACACUUCCUCUCAUGAUUUAUUUAUUUAUUGCAAACAGCAGGCUAAAAUAAUUGCUUCACAAAAAAACUGAAACUUUUUGAGCUCAUUCCCACUGCACUUCUUCCCCAGAGCCAUGCCGGUUCCCUUGGGACUUCUUCUCUUCUCUGUGCUUCUAACCCCAGGUAAGCAGUCGUAAUCUUCUAGGGCCGGUGUGUGUUGCAGUGGAAUGCUUGGGAAUAAGCUAUUCAGUCUCUUAUGCUUAAGCCAAGAAAUUGUCUCUUUGAUGAUAUUCAGCACUAGUAGAUGCAUCAAUGGCACGAGACAACCGAAGAAGGCCAGAAAAUUGUGCUCAGGGAGUGUGCUAUCCGCCAAUCCCAACAAAUUGGCCCCACCAGGGGCGGAACAGCAGCCUCUCAACUGUAUGGACUGCUAGGGCGAAACGGGGAUAUAAUAAUAAUAAUAAUAAUAAUAAUAAUAAUAAUAAUAAUAUAUUAUUUAUACCCCGCCCAUCUGGCUGAGUUUCCCCAGCUACUCUGGGUGGCACCCUGUAUUUUUUAUAAAUUCAUACGCUGGUUCAUCAGCACCUCACAGCUACUGGGAACAACAUUGGACUCAUCUUUUUCUUGAAUUUUCUUGGACUUAUUUAAAAACAAGAAAAAAUGAAAAACUGAGUCAAUAAUUUGUAAGAAUCUAGUAAAAUCAGAUAUUACAAGUUCACUUUAUGUAGUUUGGAAGUUUUCACGGCACUUUGCAAGUAAUUGUCUCUUUCUCACAUAUUUGAUAAAUGAUGUAAAAUUAUUCUUGAACAACUGUGUGAAUAUUUCUCGCCAGCGUGCUGCACGAGUUGUACUAUCUAACCCCAGGUAAGCAGCAGUAAUCUUCUAUGGAUGAUCCAAGUUGGAAAUUUUGGAAGAGUUGACUGGGAGUGGAAACCACUGUAUCUCCUUCAAGCUUGUUGAACGUUGCAUUAUAUUGGGGAAGGCAAAGAACGGUGUUGCACUUGACCGACUUUUCUGGGAUCCAGUGGACAGGUAACAUAGGGAGAUGUCUGUGCAUGGACCCUUCUAAAGAAAUCUUUUGUCUUCCCAUCCACAGGUGACUCAUUAGAGUGUGAAACCUGCCUAGGGUUAGACAGCAACUGUAAUGGCACUAUGGAGCGUUGUAGUACUCAUGAAGACACCUGCUCUGUCGCUUUUGUGGAAGCUACAGUAGGUGAGUGAGAAGGACCUCUACCUCUUGCAAAAGGUCUAUCAAGAUGCUUUAUUGGGAGUCAGGCCAUCCAUCCAUUUACCUGCAGUAGUGACUGUUUAGACUCCACAUGCACUGGACUACAACUCCCAUUAUCCUCCACCAUUGGCAACGCUGACUUGUGAUGAUGGAGAUUAUAGUCUAAAGCAGGCAUGUCUAACUCCCAAGAGACUGCGAUCUACUCACAGAUCACAAUCGACCUGUUGGACAUGCUUGGUUUAAAACUUCAGAAGCACACUGCCUCUAGGUUUCCACGCAGAAAGCUAUAUUUCCCAGCCUCUUGCUACCUGAGGUACCUUAACUCUGAGGUGAGGGAUUGGUGACCUUCCAGGUGUUUCUUUUUUAUGUAACAGAUUUUUUAUUUUAUUUUGACAGAGUAAUGAUCAUAAAUAAAUAAAAAUAAAAAUGUGCACUCCACCACCAAGACCAUUCCAUUGUAACUAUCCAGCCUCCCAAAAUUUCAACACCUCUUGCGAUGGUUUGACCCCUUUCCGUAUCUCCUCAAAGUCAUUUCUCCUGCAUAUUCCCCAUCUUACCUCAAUGGUACAUGUUAAUUUAUCAUUAAUAGCUAUACCACACCUCUUUAUACCAUUCUUUUGUUUUAUAUUCUGCUUGCCCCUUCCACUUCCUAGCUAUAAUAAUUUGUGCAGCUGUCAAUAAAUGUGUGAGCAAGUCCUUCAUAGCUUGUGAACUUUCCACCCCAUCGUAACUUCCAGAUGUUUCUUACCCUUCACUGUGCUCGCUAGGGCUGAUGGGAGUUGGUAGCCCAGCCAACCCCAUGUUGUGGAAAGCUGGCUUAAGUACUUACCUUAUGCCUUCUCUGCAGCUGAAGUAACAAGUCAGGAAAUAAGAAAAGGAUGUCUAUCCACUCACGCCUGUGGACUCGCACCAUUUUAUCUGAAUUUGGGCAAGAUGUUUAUUGCCAGAGGAAAGGCUGUCUGCUGUGAGGGGAAUGACUGUGCGUCUGUUUCUCCUCAAGGUAAGUAUAGUUUUGCUCCCAUCCUCUUUUCCUGCUCUGUGCCCCAGGGCUCAGGUUGUGCGACAGUAUGCGUACGAAUACAAUUCUUCCCCUUUUCUUAUACUGCCUCUUUGCUUUUUUCAGUGCCCCCAAUAAACAACACGGCCAAUGGGAAAAAAUGCCCAGCCUGCUUGUCUCUAAUGGGCCCCUGCUCUUCAGAGCUGGCAGAAUGUACAGGGGCAGAGGACUACUGCCUGGAUGGAAUCCUCAAAAGUGGUAAUUCUGAUUUGAUAUGCUCUUCUGAUUCUGAAAAGUAAUUGGUGUAGCAGCCAAUUCUGUCCCAUUUUAAGUCUUGCUGGCAUUCCAUCAGAGGGAUCUGUUCCAUCCUGCUCUGUCCAGUUGUCUGCAUUUUAAAUCCAUUUCAGGUUCACUUUUUACAUGAAAUGUGCACCCUUUGUGUAAGGUUUGCAGAGUUGUAGCUGAUGUUAAUGGUAGCCAGGGCUGGCCCAAGACAUUUUGGCACCUGAGACAAACCACAGAAUGGUAUUUGCCUCCUGGUCAAGGAAUAAGAUGUGAGUGAUGAUCUACAAGUGGGCAAUAAAGAUCUGCAUGGGGAUCUGAUGCCCCUGUGAAUUCUUGCCCCCCUGAGGUGGUCGCCUUGCCUUGCCCCAUGUGUGGGCCGGCCCUGAGCAUAGCAUAGACUAAUUGAAAUUAAUGGGUAUAGCUAAAGUGUACUCUGAGUAGAAUUCACUUGGAAACAACACAUGCUUUUCAAUGAAUUCACCAGUAAGAAGCACAUUUUGUAUGCACAUUUUGUGCAUGCUUUCCUCACAUUGAAAGCACCUUACAAAAUCCAGAGAAGGGCCCAAUCCGUCUGGGAGAUGCAUUCUAACUGAAAUCUGAGUCUGGGUGCAACAGUUUGGGUGGCUCUAUUAUGAAAAGUGGACUAAAUGAAUUUCUCUCCUACCACUGAUUUUUGUGGUUCUUUCUCCUCUCCCAGCAUGAGAAUUGAUUUUACCUGCAGUCAUUGCUAGCUUCAGCAUUGUGGGAAAUGAAAAUGGUGGCUCACGGACCCGAUACCGGGGUGUCACCAUUACAAUUAGGACCCCAAUGACUUCUUGAGCACCUCUCCUGCCAGGAACUUAGCUGAAUGCUCGGAUCUUCUGAGGCCCUUCUCCAGGUCACACGUCUGAGAGAAGCUUGGAGGGUGGCAAUAGGGGAAAUGAGAAAUGCUCUCUGUCGCAAGGUCUACCCUGUCCCUUUGUUGGCACCUUUUUGGUGCCAGGUAAAAACUUGCAUUUCCCCAAACUUUUGAUGGACUCAGCUGAUGUAGAUUUAUUCCUAGUAUGUUGCAAAAUGUUUGAUGCUCUUAUGGGUGCUGUUUUCCAUUUUAUGGUACAACAUAACAGUUUUUCAAGCUUUAGAACAUCUUGUAAGUAGCUUGAGGAGCUGCAGGUGCAAGCAACUAAAAUGCCUCAUCAUCAUCAUCAUCAUCUCCACAGCUGGGGAUAAUAAUGGACAAAUGUCAUAUCAGGAACAUUGUAGACUUGACAGGCUUUCAAAGAGGACACCUUAAAAAGUGGGCUGCUUCUGAUAGCCCUUCUAAUAGAGGACAUUCCUACAUGGCCAACCUACAUAAAUGCCAACAUUGGGGUCAUUGCAGCAACAUCCCCAUCAAUGGGUUAUAUCCAAAGCUAGUCCUUCUCAGAGGAGGUCUUUUUUUGCCAGUGUUGGGGAAAAUCUAAUCAAUAAUAAUAAUUUCACAAUGUGUGUUGUCCUUUUGUUCUUUUUUGCUUUGCUUUUUCUUUAUUUUAAUAGUCACCUUGACUCAUGGCAAUGGUGGGAGACAAAUAAACUUAUUUGCGGUGGUGAUUACUGGGAAGAGUGGAUCCCUGAUCUCCCAUAUUUUCUUUUCAGCUCCAGGAUGGUCUGACUUCAUCAUAAGAGGUUGUACUACCAAGUCUUACUGUGCUAUUUUAGAAAAAAAAAUUGGCCCAGCCAACAUUUUUGGAUCUGUAGUUGGUAAAUGUGAACCAGCAGAUAAGGCACCUCCAUCAUUAUGAGUUCCCCUGUCAUGGCUUCUGCUGGUGAAGAUCUUCUGGUGAUGAAGACCUUCCUGUGACUCAGUCCCGAGGAAGACCUUCCUUUUAAUGUCCUUCUUUACUUUCGAUUUGUCAUUUUCCAGAGGGAUUUGUAUUCUUAGUUGUUCUACUGAAUUAGAAAGAAAUUCUACUGAAUUAGAAAUCAUCUUUUUAAAAGAAAUCAUGAACUUCUGUAGUGAAGGUCGAUUGGCCGAGGAGCGGGAAACCUUUUCAGCCUGAGGGAUGCAUUCCCUCAUGUUGACCUUCUGAGGGCCAACAGCAAAAGUUUGUGGAACAACGACUUCUUCCUGUAUAGCCAAUGAAACAGAGGACUUCUGCAAACAGAGGGCUGUCCUCUAGCCAGGAAUGGCGUGUUCUGUUUUGCCACUUGAGGUGAAACGGAAAUGUACCACCCUUCCCUGUUGCUGCCCCACUCUCCCACUGAGGUGUCCCUUCCCUGUGUUCCAUGGCAGCACUUGUGAACCACUGCCAGCAGCACCGGCUUCCAGAGAGAGCUCAUGAGAUCUCACCAAAAUCUCAGUGGGUGACGUCCUGCAAGAUCUCUCCAGAAACUGGUACUGCUGCCAGUGCCGCUUCUCCAUGGGUGAUGACGGCUGUGGGCUGCCGCUGCGCAAGGCGGUUACCUCAUCUUGCUUCAUGGGUGGGCCCGCCUAACAGCCCACUCAAAUAGAGGACUAUUUUUACAAGGUGCACAUGUGAACCCAUUUACGUGUCUACUACAUGUAGAGACCUGAUGUCUUCCACUAUUGAGAUGAGCUGUACCUUCUGCAUAGAUUCAGGAAGUGCAUUCAUUAAAAAUGCCUUUAUACAUUUGACCUUUAUGCCUAAUAAAGAACUUCACACAGCAGAAAAUGGACAAA